AUAAGUUCACAUGGACGUUUGAUUGUGUGCGAACGUACGUGAGAGUAUUGUGACAUGAUUGAGAAAUCAUGCAUAAGUAAGGAAAAGAAGAAAUAGUAUCUCCGCAAUCCAACAUGGCCACAUGUCACUGCACUCAUAUUAUUUCAGAAUAACUAAUAUCUGUGCGAUUUGUUGUAAAAGAAGCAACUAGUAGAAAAAUAUUUUUGUCCAACUAUCAAUCAUGGAUACAAGUCAUUAUUUGAUACUUCAGAGGUCAAUAAUAUAUUAUUAUUAAAAUAAUAUUUUGGACAGAAGAAAAUCCAUCAGACAGUUCUAAAAUUCAAGUCAAAAUGAUAGACGAAUAUGAAUCAUUAGAUGCUGAAAUUGAUGAAACACCAUUGCAACCAUCGAUUGGACGCAAUAAAGAAUCAUUGAAGGUUAAGCUGAUGUUAAGAAGACCAUAUAACCAGCUAGUUGACCAAGGAAUCAUGCCGCCUUUCAAGUCACCGGUAUCAUUACACGAACAGACAAAACAACAAGAACGUCGAAAAACUGAAGACAUGCUCAAGGUAAAAAUUCAACAAAGGCCUGGUCGAGAAGAACUGGUUAGACAACAUAUUCUUGAAGACAUAAAACAGAUAGAUCCAAGUUUAGCUGAACGUCAUCGAAUGUUAAAAAAAGCUAAAUUAGCUGAUCAACUUAAUGAUCAACUUAGUCACCGUCCAGGGCCACUUGAACUCAUACAAAAAAAUAUUUUACACACUGAAGAGCCUAUAGAAAGAGCAGUUAAAGAGGGUCACAUACCGUUCAAGGCCACAAGUGAAGGUCAAUUGACAAAACCUCAACACCCAGACCACUAUAUAAGUUUUGAAGAUGACUCAUUAAGUUCGGAAGGUGGAGCACCUUCACCAUCAUUAAACUCUAUGGAAACAAAUCAGCAAGUUUCCAAUCUCACUGUGAAUAAUACUGAAUCAGAAAAAUUAAAAAAAAAUGAAGCGCCCGAUAAUACAGUCACUAUUGAUGGCUCUAGUAUCAAUACGUCAAAUGCGUAUAACGACGACCUUUCAUGUAUAGCUCAAAAUACUUCCAAUUUUCGAGAUAAAAUUAUAAGCUCAUCUGAUGUUCCAAAACAAUCCGUCCCUACGUCUCAGGUUAUCGAUCAUAGAAUACAAGACUUUGGUAAUUUAUCAAGUGGUAUGAACUCAGCUAGUAAUUUGGUUUCGUUAGCUACAGUUCAAAAACCAAUACUGGUAACUUCCAUUGUGCCAAAUCUCCGACCAGUACCGAAUAUUUCUAUGGUAUCACCAUCAAAUGUGAACUCGAAUUCACAAUCUAGUCCUAUUUUAGUAACUUCACAAUCCAAAUGUGAUGCUCCUGGUAAAGAGAAAAAUCGAAAAAAAUCUAAAAUCAAAAACCAACAGAAAGCAAGAACCAUAAAAUUCCACGAAUAUAAGGGUCCGCCAAAUCAUCAAAGAAUGGGUGGGGCUUCAAAUCGAUCUUGUACACAAUCAAAUGAAACAAGUUAUGAGUUACUACUUCGCCAACAACAACUUUUUCUUCAGUGGCAAGUCGAAUUCAAAAAUAAAUAUCCACAACUGAUUUUACCUGCUACACAAAGGUCAAUCAAACCAAUGUCUACAGACUCUAAUGUUGCGAAGGAAGAAUUAAAAUCAAAUGUCUCUAAUUCUAGACAAUCAAACAUAAUGUCUUGUGAGUCUACGACGGAACAGCCUCCAUUCAGACCACUCGGUAAACUAGAGGAUAUGAAAGUAUGCGACUUGAAAAUUGAACUGAAAAAACGAAAUUUACCCGUGUCAGGUUCUAAGCCUCAACUUAUCGAACGCUUGAAACCUUUUACCGAAGUUUCCAAAAAUGGAGCAGUAUGUUUAAACGGUCAGCACCUAACACAAAUGGGCCACAUACUGAUGGAUACGCCAGUUUCAUUGACAUCAGAUAAAAUUCCGAAUAAGUCACAAUCUGAUGAAGUUGAGGCAAAAAAUGAAGAUACUCCGGAAACAAAAGAGAAUAAAGGAAAACUUACUUCAAUUACAGAAACUACUUCAAAAGAGCUUGCCUAUCUUAAAAAAAUUGAAGAACUGAAACAAGAAUUAUCCAAAGCACGCACACAGCAACACCAGUCACAACAACCUAUAAAGACUGAAAAACUCGUACUUCAGCAACAUCUUCAAAAUAAAAUGCAACAGCAAAAUUUUGCUCGACAUCUCCAACAAUUACAACAGUUACAAUAUCAUCAUAAUUCAGCCCUGCAGGAACUCAAUUCAAAGACUUUUCAACAAAACCAAACAAGCAACACCGAUGUGGUUCAGUCUGCUUCCAUUACAGCCAUAAAUAAUAAAAAAAACCAGAGCAAAAACAUUUCAGCAACUAACAAUUUAGAUGUUAGUAAUGACGCAAAUAUUCAAGUGCCCUCAGCGAUUGUUUUAAAUUUAUCGAAGCCAACGAAAUUCAAUGGAUCAAUUUUAGAGGCUUUAGUGGCUCAAGCUCAAAAUGAAGCAUCUUCCAAUAACGAUAAUAGUACCUUAUUUGAAUAUGAUGAAUCGGCUAAUUUACUUAAGGUGAAAAUUGAGCCCGUUACACGAAACGUAGUGAAAAGUCAAAUGGUCGAUGAUGUAUUAGAAAUUCUUAUAAGUAAUGGUGAAUUGCCGCCAAGUGCUGCCCAAGAACUGGUUACUCCAAUGGCGCAAGAUGGUCAACAAAUGAAUCGAGUUUCCCCAAUGAUUUCUACAGAAGAUAUUUCAUCAGAAUCUUCAAUUUUGCUGUAUGCUGAUUCCAAUUCCAUGAAUAUAAACCAAAGUGAAUGCGAAAACUAUCAAAGACAAACACCACAUGUAUCACCAUCUUAUACUGCUUCUAAUCAACAAUCAUUUUGUACCUCAAAAUCGGGUCGAACAUUAGAAAAUAUCGAUACCGAAAUUAAGACUGAUCUAGUACUGACUCAAAAUGCCAAAAGUCAGUCCUCUUCAAAUCAACGCUCGCUUUCAGAUGUUAAAUCUUCUCAAGACAAUAAUCUUGAGCUUAAGGAACUUGAAUUGGAUCUCGAUACAGUGGAUUUUGGAGAGUUAGGCUGUGAAUUCGACGUAAAAAUCGAAAAUUCUCAUGAAUUAAUGGAUAUAGAAGAUAUACCUAUGGAAGUGGAUGAGCCUGAUUGGUUUAAUUCAUUAAUUCCCCAUUCGUCGACCAAAAACGAUGUUCCGCUGGAGACGGAAACUAGUAUGAACUGUUUUUCAAAUUGUGCUUCAAUGAGUAGUCGUCAGAUGAACUCUUCUUCUCGUAAUCUAAAUUCGAAUGAUAUUUAUGAUCCGUUAUUGUGCAAUAGUCAAGACGCCGAUAAUUUCUUCAAUAUAGAAGAUUCAGAAUUAAAAAUGUCUUCCGAACUUUCUCUUGCUUGGGAGAAUGGGCAAAAUGAUUUUGCAUCGUAAUUUUAAGUAACUAAUCAUCGAUCUCUCUGUUAUCCAUGAAUACUGGAUAUAGACAAGGAGUACAAAUCAUUCGCUUGAAAAAUAUUGUUGAAUCACUGAAUUGUUCGAUGUUACUUAGUGCCGCGAAAAAUAGUGAUGAUUUAAUAAGGACUCGACUGUUCGAGAAAAAUUUUUGACUUUGCUAAAAAAUAUAUAUAUUUUCCAAAGAAAUCUAAAGUGUCGUUUUGAAUUGAAUUAGGAAAUUGCUACGUAAUUCAAUUUUAAUUUCAGAAUAGUGUACCUACAAAAGGAAGAGUAAAAAGUGAGAAUUUAAUUACAAACUUAUGUAAUAAGUAUAAUUUUUAUUCAUUGACUAACUAUGUAAUUGAGUUUGUGUAUUGAUUAAAAGCUUGAAUUUAACCUGAUUGAGAAAACUCAAGUACUGAUGCGUUAUAAAAAAAAUACUAAG